AUGUCAUCCCUCUCGCCCGCCCAAGACGAGCCCGCGUGGUACAAGUGCAGGCACUGCGCCGACCAGUUCAAGCGCGAGGACCACCUGCGCCGCCACGAGCUCAGCCAUGGCUUCCCGCGCUUCCUGUGCGACCACCCCGCCUGCGGCAUGCGCUUCCACCGCAAGGACGUCCUGCAGCGACACAAGCUCGUCCACCAGCCCAAUCCCCUAAAGCGGAGGCGCAAGCCGCGCCGCGGCGCCAUUCCCCGCGGCCCUAUCCAGCAGACCUCAGACUCGUCCACCACACCGCCGGCCGAUCUCGAUCUGCAGCCCGUCGCCCAGGUCCCGCUGCCCUCCUCCGCCGCCGCCGCCGCUGCCCUCACUCCGCCCCGCCACCAUGCCGCCAGCAUCUCGUCGCAGUCGCCGCCCGACGACCACCACCAGCCUGCCGCCCUGGCCGCCCACGCCGACUCGUUCAACCUGGCCACCGAGUGGGACUACGCCAUCCAGGAAUGGCCCGAGUUCCCCAUGCCCGGCGGCGUGCCCAACUUCGUGCAGCCGUCCUGGCAGAACUGCCUGAUGCCCGUCUUCGAUUCCACCACCUCGCCCCUCAUCCCUCCCUCCCUGGCCCUCGCCCAUGCCCCCAACGCCUCCUUUCCCCUGGAUGCUGCCUUGCUGCCGCCGCCCGCUCUGCCCAUGUCGCCGCAAGAUAUGCAAGUGUGCGCCGUCAAGUUCCGCCAGAGAUUCCUGCCGCGCAUCCCUUUCCUCCACUACCUGACCUGCGAGCACGAGUGCAUGGCCCAGAAUUCCGCCCUGUAUUACACCAUGGCCAUGGCUGGCUCCCUCUAUCUUGACAACUACCGUUCAAAGGCCGCCAGGAUGCACAAGCUCGCCUCCGAAACAUUGCAAAAACAGUCUCGGAUGGGCAACCCCAGUCUUCAAGACCUCCAAGCCAGGAUUCUGAUCAUAGAUUUCGCCGUUUGGUACGGCAACGAAGAGAUGCGGAGGUGGGCAAGCCGAGAGAAGCACGCUUUGUCCCAGGCUUUGCUUGAAUUCAUGUCAACCACACUGCCACCCUUGAGCUAUGAUGACUGGGGCAUGUGGAGAUUGCGAGAAGAAAUCAAGAGGACUGGUUUCGCUCUCUUCGUCAACUGUGUCAUGCAGUCGACCUUCUACGGCCAUGAUACCCCGGCCUUGGUCAAUGCCAUAGAGCUAUCUCUUCCGAGCCCCGAGAGUGUUUGGGAAGCCACUUCCGAGGCCGAAUGGCAAGUACAGGUCGAGCUCCUCGGCUUACGGGGAAAGUCGGAGAUCAUCUUCCCGAUUGCUGCCCAUGCCAUCCUUUCUCAAGACACGGAAUACUCGACCGAUUACGAGCUAGCCACCCUGUUUGGACAGUUCAUCCUUCUCUGCGUCAUCAUGGACUCGUACAAUGCCGCCGCCAAACUCCCCACCAAUUAUUUGACCGUCGAAGGCUGGCAGACCCGAGACAUGGCAUUGUUCCGGCUGCGCGACACCAUAGAUGGUGCUUUGGGUCUCUGGACCGAGCUUUGGUGGGCAAGUCCGGAGUGUUUGUGGGACGCCAAUGUCCCCGCGCACCCGCGCAUCGAGAACAUAUUUCUGCAUCUCUACAUCACCACGAAACUACACAAGAACCAAGACUCGUCUCGGGAUCGACCGGCUUGGACUUUCAAGCCCAUCGAAUGCGCCACGUCCAUGUUUACCAGCGUUUCCAAAGCCGGCUUCACCGAGGUUGCGACAUACGCUGCUCACAUACUUAGUUUCUCUUGCUACUACGUCGCUGUUGAAAUGGCUCGUACCAUGUCAAACUGGCUCAGGAUGAUCGCUGCACCGUCCUACGGCCCGCUCACCCGCCGCGACACUGAGAUAGUUACAAAAUUGCGCCAGGGUGUCAGACGGCACGUGGCCCCUCCACCUGCAGCGCCCGCCACCAAGCUGGAAACUCUCCUGGGCGCUGCCCCAGUCUCUUCCCCUAAACUUUUGCGAGAUGGGUCAAGCUUGGAGGAACUGAUCAGGCGAGUCGAGGAAAUUUGGACACUCGGCAUGGGCGGCCAUCAGUGGAGAGAAGACGAGGUAAAAGGCGUCGCAGUGCGGCCCUUUCAGUCAGCACCGAGGCCGAAUCUGGAAACUCCGGUGCCUAUACCCUAA